AUGGCAGCCAACGACGAGCUGGCCGAUAUCGAGUACACCGCACCAGUGCUGCCCACCCAGUUUUCAAGCCGGAGACAUUUCGCGUACGUCCAACUCUUCGAAUACUCCGAGAAGAGUUGUGCACGCUGGCUGUACAAACUGGCGGCGACCCAAGAGGUCUCCCGACGCGGCGCCUUCGCAGCCUGUGGGGGUUCCUACGUGGCUCACAUCUACCCCGAUGGGGAUCUAGAGCGACUUAAGAUAGUUGCAGACAUGUUCUCAGCUGGAGUUUUUAUCGACGACCUCAUAGAUAACACCACAGAUACGGCGAUCGUGUCCGACCUGGUCAGUAAAUACCGGGCUAUAGUGGCGGGGUCGCCUAUCGGGGACGCAAGGUUCGACUCGAUGCUAAGGCUCUAUACCAACCCGUGUUGGAAUCGUGAGGCCUUGCAUAUCCUGCGCGCAGAGGCCAACCGUUACCUAGAGUCUACUCUAGUUCUCCGGGCGAUAGAAGCUGAGCAACGCAAGGUAUCAGUCGAGGAGUACUUGGAGUCCAGGGCGACGAACGUCUACAUGGGAGUGGAAUACUGUAUUAUCGCGUUCGCCGUGCCAGCACUCGCGGAAAGCCUAGUACAGAUUAGCACGUCCAGGCCGCAAGUCUUCCGGCGCGCCUUAAUCUAUUCCGGUACCUGCAUGGGACUGUUGGCUGAUCUCUACAAAAUCAACGGAGAGCACUCGGAAAUCUGCGAGUACACCAACAUCGUCAAGAUCCUCCAGCGCCAGUCACAGGUCCCGCUGAGCCUGCCGCAUGCCAUGGACCAAGUGGUGCGGAUCUUCCACGAAUAUGAGAAAAGGCUGGCAGCUGUGCUCGAGCAAAUUGCCUUACUUAGUCCCAUCCUCGCCAAGGCUAUGGAGCAUGUGCAUGCUGGUACGGUUGUGUGGUUGGGCACGAUGCGCGGCGACAGGUACGCAAGGCGGAUGUCUGCUGCCAGCUCGACACAAGAGAGUCACACUUUCACUACCGCGCCAAACUGCAUGGGAGUUGAUUGA